AUGAUAUCCAACAGAUUGUUUGGAGAAGUGCUACGGAAGUGUUUUAAGAAUGGAACGUUUCCAGAAAGAAUAGUGGUUGCUCUAUCAGGUGGGGUUGACUCAUUGUGUCUCACAUAUUUAUUGGGACAAUUCAAGAGAAUAUACAAACCAAGCUUGCAAAUUACAGCCAUCACCAUUGACCACAAGUACCGGGCAGGUUCGGGUAAAGAGGCGGAGAAGGUUGGGGUAUUGGUACGUCCAUGGGGAGUGAAGCACAUAGUGAAGACUUUGGAGUAUGAAGACCGAGAUAUUGGAAAGAUAACGAACUUCGAAGAGGUUGCACGGGAGAAGAGAUACGAUAUAUUUGAGCAAGUAUGCCGAGAAUUGGAUGUGAAGAGUUUGAUUGUAGCUCAUAACUUGAACGAUCAAAUAGAGACGUUUUUGCAGAGAUUGCAGCAGAAUUCGUCGAUAUUUGGCUUGGUAGGAUUACGCACGGUCGACCAUCUUCCAAUAAGUCCCACGAGUCCGUCUGAAAAUGGUGAUUCAAUACAUGUAGUGCGACCACUAUUAUCAUUUGAUAAGUCAGAGAUUAUUGAGACAUGCACAAAGAAUGGUAUUCGGUGGUUUGAAGACCACACCAAUAGCGACAUCCAUCUCACAAGACGGAAUCUUUUGCGGCAUAUUGUUUCCGAAGUUGUACCCCAUAGACUAGACAAUCAAGACAUUCCGAUCGAAGAGUGUAACGCGUUGCUGCUUGUAAGCAAAGAGUCGUUGGUGAAAACACAUAACGAGAUACUUUCGUUGGUUUGCGAGAUGCAACAUCAGAUUGCAAAUAUAGAGAACCACUUGAAACUACGGGGCCUCUUCAGCCUCGACAAAAAGAAUCUUCUGUUGACGGUAUCCCUUCCAUUCAAUAUUUUAGAUACAUAUAACCCUAUGGUGCUAAGCCGAUUCUUUUAUCAGAACAUGUAUUUAAUUUCGUCUGUAAAGCAUUACCAUUGGUCCUACGCGAAAUUAGAAAGGCAUGCUAUACCAAAGAUUCUAAGAUUUUACAAUAAUAAUAAGGAAAUUAGUCCACCAGUCUCGAUGAAAUUGACCUAUCUAAAUGUUUUGUUUAAUAUCAAACUAGACACUCACAACAAGCAGAUGCGAAUAUCGCUCACCAGACAGCCAUUAAUGCGUAAUGAAUAUUCACAAGUCUGCCUCGAUUGCACUCUUAACGACCAAUGGUCCGACUGGUUCAUGUUCGAUAGACGCUAUUGGAUCAGGUUGAAGCUGCGUAACUCAGAUAUCAAAGUGUCUAUAGUGCCCUACAGACACAAUGACGUUGCAUUCAGAAAGCAACUUAAUUUAGCAUUCAAAGGCUCAAAUAAUGGUCCAUUACUAUCCAUUUUACAAGAGGGAACUCCGGUAAUAGUUACGUACAGUCAUUCUGGACAUUUCGCCGCCUUGCCUACCUACAAUAUCUACUCCCAGGAGGAUGUAAUAGACGUAGAAUGGCUUGCAAAGAAUAACGUACAUAGUUUAUAG